GAAGUCGUGUGGCUGAACUAUCACCCGUUGGACAUUACCAAAUGCCUAAAACCGCACUGAAACAACAAGAAGCGAGUGCAAAUGAAUCAAUCGACCAAUACAUGCUCAUGACAGAGAUAUUGGAUAUUACAGUUUUGAGCUCCAAUAUUGACCUUGCAAUAUGUGCACUUGUAAUAAUUGCCAAAAUUUUAACUGCAAGCAUUCUUUCACAACUAAACAUAUUUAGUUAUUCACAUCACCGCUUAUUCCGUCUUAUGUUAUUGUUUGCCGUUAUAUUUCCAAAAGCAGUCUUAUUCAAGUACACAGGCGACCUUGAGCUGCGACGAAGUCCCUACUUAUAGGACGACCUAUGAUAAUUCAUUUAAAUUCCACUGAUCAGUAGUUUUAGCAUAAAGAAUCAGUCAUUGUACAUGAAUUAUUGUUAUUCUCAUGAAAAGUCAACACCACCUAAAAGGCAAGAACGUUUUGUAGCCUUUUGAAUGGUUUUCCCUUCGAAAUCUUGUUGGUUCAUACACUAUACUCUAUGAAUUAGCUACGUCUGCCAACAGACCUGAUGAUUUACAUGACAUCAUAUCAUGUUACAGUUGUAUUAUUUAAUAUAUAGUUUUAUGGUCAUGAUCCAUACAGCUGGAUUACGUUCCAUCUAACAGGCUUUUGUUUCUCCUCCUUUCACUUAGGAUUUUGGAAAUCACGUCUGCUUUUUCAGGAGUCUUAUAAACCAAUUAUUGGGCGAAUCACCAGUGUAGUAAUUUAGAAUUAUUAUAAACCGCAAGCAAUUUAAUAUCUACCAUCUAGUUACUUCACCAGUGUUACGCAGCUAUGUCAGAUUCAGAUUCAACUUUACCAGCCACAGACGACUUUGGGUCAAGGUUCUUAGAAUUCGAUGAAUACUCUUUCGAGCAGACUGAUAAUACAGAAAGUGAUGCUUUUUCUGCGUUUCUACAUCAAUUUCGCCCCGUUGCCGAACAAAAGGUUUCGUUUCUCGAUGAGCGGUUGCUUGCAACAAAUAGUGGACGUAAGAAAUACACAAACCUUGCUCUUGAAGACGACCAGGAUUCUAAUACCAGUGACAAUUUGAAGGCCGGGGCUAGCUCUGGCAACAAUUCUGAAGAUGAUGAAAUGGAAUAUAAACCUCCAAAGUUGUUAACUGCACGACAGAUAAGUUUACAAUCACAGAAAACUGCUGUUCCAACUGAUAUUAAGAACAUGAAGCAGUCUACAGCUCAUUCCAGACUAAUUAGUCUAGAAUCCUUGAAUUCAACUAAACCAACUCCAACUUUAACACCGGAGCAAAUUGCCGUCCGGCAAAAAAGAAUAGCUCACCGCAGAGAAUCAGCUAAGCACAAAGCCGAAAUGGAAAAGCUCCAAACAGUGGAACGUUUGCUCAAGAUUAAUGCAAAUGUUAUUGGGCGACGUGGUCGAGGUAGAGGUAGAGGUCUUCGGAACAAUGGUUUGGCACACUGUGAUCAGAUCUCAUCUCAAACGCGUUCACAGUUUGGUGUUUUAAAGUAUGAGGGGGAUUUAGUUGAAAAGGAGUAUCUCAAUGACACGCAUGCUUCAUUACGACCCAGUGAAGGUAAUUGCAUGAAUACCGAUUUUGUGGACAAUGCUUAUGAAAAUACGAAAUUGUCUGAUAAUAACAUUUCUGCUAGUUUGCCAAAUGUUCAAUCAUAUAAUCCCAAACCAGGAUACAUCCGCUUUGUAUCUUCAUCUCGUUUAUCAACACAAACAGUCAUCUGUUUACCUGAGACAGAUAAUAAUAGUGACAAGGAUAUUUAUUUGCACACAAAUGUUUGCAUACAAAAAGUCGAGGCUCCUGAAAUACCUAAAUCACGUCUAUGCGACAUGGGUUGCGGUUGUGCUAGGCGCUAUGAAUGUGCUAAAACAGGCCGCUCCUUAUGUAGUUUAUCCUGUUAUAAAGCUAAUUUGUCAGGAUUCCCAUUAACUAUCUCAACUUAAAUUGUAGCAUUUAGACUUGUACAAUAAAUUUGAAUGAAUCUUGGUUUCUAGUAAAAAAUAUAUAAUAAAGUAUGUUACAUAUUGCUUAUCCGCGGUACUAUUGUAUCUACUUAGAAAUUAUCAAGAUGUACCUAUUAAAAAACGCCUUAAAUGUUGCUUAGAUGGUUAUUUUUAGAUAAAUACAUGUUAAG